GUGAAAGCCUUCAUUCUCGGACGUGUAUAAUAAUAAUAAUACCCAACGCAAACGCCAUUGUUUUCAACGUAACAAACUCAUCUCACAUCUAAAUACCUUCCGUUAUCUGCCCUCAACACAAAAUAUACAUUAUUUUUUUUUAUUUAUUUUUAAUUAUCUUCUAUUACUUAUUAACCCACUACUACAAUUAAACAAAACAAAAAAGAAAGACCAUUUAUUUUUUUUUUCUUUUGUAAAUUUUAAUACGCUAUUUGUUUAUUUCCGGGAAUUCCUCAAAGUGUGAUCUGUGAAAAAGUUGUUUCACAAAUCAAAAUCCCCUAAAGACCUCGUUUUGCGCCAGUCUGAGAUGAACACUCGUCGUUUUAUACGUUUCCGCUUAAUUUGAUUGUCGUUUUGUGAACCUCUGUAGUCCGUUUCGUUUCUCUCCUUUCUUCUCUCCGUUCUCAUCUCCCUAACCGAUCACAAACACAACGAAGCAUUGAAAAGAAGAGAGAGAGAGAGAGAGAGAGAGGAGAGAGAAAGGUUAAAGCUUAAAAAAUGGAGGUGUCUGGUAACGCUUCUGAACCCUACGAAAACAGUGGUAGUCCGAGAAGAGGUGGUGUUGGUGGUGGCAUGUUGAACCAUCUGCCUCCCCUCAGUUUGUUUCAUUCGCCGUUAUCGUUUUUGUUGGAGUAUUCCGGUAUACUUCCGGCGAGGUCAACUCACCGGGAUAGCGAGGAGGAAGCGGUCAAUAGCGUUGGCGCUGUUACUCCUGAUUCGCCGCCUACCUCCCCUGCUCCGUGUGCAGCUGGCGGAACCAGCGGCGGUGACUCGGCUGAGGUUUCGAUUAGGAUUAUCGGCGGUGGAGAGCAGGAGGAUAGGUCUGUUUCUUCUCCGCGGCGUAGCGGAGAAGGAGGUGUGGAUGGGGAUGGUUCGUUGAGAAUGCAUGAAUUGGAUGAUCAGCCUGGUUCUGCACGAAUUGGCAGCGGCGCAGGAGUUGCGGAGGCGAGCGGGAGAGCGCCCCUGGUUUCUCCUUCGUCGUCGGUACCCGUAUCUCGUUCCGGAGUUUCGUCUCUUCAGGAUGAGUCUUCUUCCCAGAGUUACGACAUUCAACAAAUUGCCAAAUGGAUUGAGCAAAUUCUUCCGUUUUCAAUUCUCUUGUUGGUGGUCUUCAUUCGUCAGCAUUUGCUAGGUUUUUUUGUUACAAUAUGGAUAUCAGCUGUUAUGUUUAAAUCUAAUGAUAUUGUGCGGAGGCAAACAGCUUUAAAGGGAGAAAGGAAAACUUAUGUCCUUCUUGGCAUUUUUAGCGCUUUUAUGCUUCAUGUGGUUGGUAUUUACUGGUGGUUUCAAAAUGAUGAUCUAUUAUAUCCGUUGGUCAUGCUUCCUCCGAAAGCAAUACCACCUUUCUGGCAUGCUAUUUUCAUCGUUUUAGUGAAUGAUACACUGGUGAGGCAGGUGGCAAUGGCUUUCAAGUGUUUGCUGCUUAUAUAUUACAAGAAUGGGAGAGGCUAUAACUUCCGCCGGCAGGGACAACUGUUAACCCUGCUUGAAUAUGCAUUGCUGUUGUACCGUGCUUUUUUACCUACACCUGUCUGGUAUCGCUUCUUCUUAAACAAAGAAAAUGGAAGCCUCUUCUCAUCACUAACCACAGGAUUGUAUCUAACGUUUAAGCUUACAUCUAUAGUCGAGAAGGUUCAAUUUUUCUUUGCUGCUGCAAAGGCAUUGACACGGAAGGAACUCCAAUUUGGGUCUCAUGCCACACCAGAACAGGUAAAUGCAGCUGGAGAUCUUUGUGCUAUUUGCCAGGAGAAAAUGCAUGCUCCAAUUCUUUUGCGUUGUAAACACAUCUUCUGCGAGGACUGUGUUUCAGAGUGGUUUGAGAGAGAAAGGACUUGUCCUCUAUGCAGGGCAAUGGUUAAACCUCCUGAUUUACAAACUUUCGGGGACGGAUCAACGAAUUUGCUGUUUCAGCUAUUCUGAAAAUCAAAGGUCUCUGUUUUGUUUUACAAGCAGCCGCCUUUAAUUAAAGGAGCCAUUUCGUCUCAUCAGCAAGUGGUAUAUAUGUAUACUUGGUUACACAAUCUCACCAUUAAGUUGCCUCCAAAAUAUUCUAUGGAAGGUACUAUCAAAGUCCAAUACGAACAGAUAGUCCAUGUUUUCCUAGUCAUACUCAAAAAGAAAAAAAAAAACUGAUGAGAUGGUUAAAUACUGUAUCCUCAUCCACACAGAUUUUGAAUUAUUUUUUCUAUAAUACGAAUCCCAUACCAAUCUUUUGUAUAUACAUUAUAUAGAAAACUUCAUUCCUCUGCUCCAAAAUUUGCCUAAAUUAAAAUCUUCCGGCCACUUUACUUC